AGAGAGAGAGAGCACGCGCCGCGCGAGCGAGCCUGGACUGUAGCAGCUGCAUCCUCUGAGCUCUCUCUUUGUGUGUGUGUGAGCGAGAUAGAGAGAGUGAUAGAGAGACAGAGAGAGAGAGAGAGUGAUGUAGAGGAAGAGGAAUGUAGGGCAACCCUCUCUCUCUGCCAUCUCUCCGUGCCCCCGCCUCUGUCUGUCUUUGUGUCUGCGCUGCGCUGCCGUCGCUACGGCGUCGCUAAGGAGGGCGACGGACAUCGUUGCCACGGCCGCACUUCCGUGUUUUCAUCCAAGGCUUACUCUUUGUCCGAGCUCAAGGAUUCGUACAGAAGGGGCUAUGUGACGUCCCCCCCACCCCUCCCGCAGGAGCCAUUGUCUCAACGCGAGCGCGUGUGCGUGUGUGAUUGUGUGAGUGUGUGUGGGCAUUUCAAUGUGGGUCUGUGCGGUGUGUACUCUGGAGUGAAACGGCCUUCAGGAUCCAGCCAUGAAUUCCUGUUGGAAGAUGAAGCUUCAGAACGAGAAGCCUAUUUGUCAUUCUGCAAGUCGGUCCAGCAAUAUCUCUAAGGCGGGCAGCCCCACCUCGGUGAACGCACCAUGCAGCUUCUCCAGGACGUCCGUCACUCCGUCCAACCAGGACAUCUGCAGCGGCAGCAGCCAGGACCAGGGCGUGCAGAGACAGCAGAGCACGGUGGUUCUGUUGAGUUCCCACUGUAAACCCUCCCCGUGGGGCGGGGGGGUCUCGGUCACCGCGCUGUGUGCCCCCCUACCGCCACCACCCCCGCCACCACCGCCACUGCUGCCGCCCCGCCAGCCGCCCAGACCCCCGGGCGGGGUCUCCUCGGGGGGCACGGACUGGCUCUCCCUCCUCCGGCCCCCCCCCGCCGUCGUCCUCGCCCCCGCCGGCAGCCUCCGCUUCUCCCACUCGCUGAACGACAUCGGGCGCCGCGCGGACAGCCUGUGCAGCGGCCUGCACUUCAUCGACCGCACCUGCUCCGACGGAGAGCUGCAGGGGGGGCGGCCCGACCCGCCGGGCAGCAGCGCGCCGCCGCACCAGACCGCCGACCCGCCGGGCGGCCGCGGCCCCCAGCCACGGCCCCCGCCCUACCUGGUCCCCUCCUUCACCAACAACUACCAGUACAUGGUGCCGGCACCCGUGGGGUCCCACCCCCAGCACCAUCAGCGCUCCCCCGGCCAACCCCAAGCCAUCCCCCGCCCCCAACCACAACAACAACAGCAACAACAGCGACAACAGCGACAACAACAACAACAACAACAACAACAACAACAACAACAACAACAACAACAACAACAACAACAACAACAACAGCACCCCUCCCCCGGCUCCAGCGACGUCCUCCACCUCUUCCUCCCGCUGUCCCACUCCUCCACCUCGGCCAGCCUGCAGGGCUUCGAGCUGGGCAGCUUGGCCUCUCGCCUGCACAUCACCGCCUCCUCCAGCGCCCUGCUGGGCGGCACCGAGCCAGGGCCGGCCCCGCAGCGCCUCCUGCCGGGGGCGGACGGGGACGACAGUGUGUUCGAGGAGGACCAGGGGACGAGGAGCGGCAGGAGCAGCGGCAGCGGAGCGUCCCCGGGGGGUGACUCCCGUGCCGGGCUGAGCUCCCGGCAGGCGCCCCUCUGCUGUAUGGAUGAGGACGAGGACCUGGACCGCUGCCAGUCCUCGCUCUCUGACAAGAGCAGGCCUUUCUUACCCUAUUCCCUGUCUGGGGACUUCUGCAGGAUCUGCCACUGCGAGGGCGACGAGGAGAGCCCCCUGAUCACGCCGUGCCACUGCACCGGCAGCCUUCGCUACGUCCACCAGUCCUGCCUGCAGCAGUGGAUCAAGAGCUCCGACACCCGCUGCUGUGAGCUCUGCAAGUACGAGUUCAUCAUGGAGACCAAGCUCAAGCCCCUGCGCAAGUGGGAGAAGCUGCAGAUGACGGCCAGUGAGCGCAGGAAGAUCAUGUGCUCGGUGACGUUCCACGUCAUCGCCAUCACCUGCGUGGUGUGGUCCCUCUACGUCCUCAUCGACCGCACUGCCGAGGAGAUCAAACAAGCGGGAAGAAUCCCAGGGAUCCUUGAAUGGCCGUUCUGGACCAAGCUGGUGGUGGUGGCCAUCGGCUUCACGGGGGGCCUGGUGUUCAUGUACGUGCAGUGUAAGGUCUACAUCCAGCUGUGGAGGAGACUCAAGGCGUACAACAGGGUCAUAUACGUCCAGAACCGCCCCGACACCUGCAAAAAGCUGGCUCUGGAGAAGCCUCCUCUGAUGGAGCCCAGUCUGGAGAACAAGGAGGCCCUGGCCCCGGCCCUGUCGGACACAAACUCAUCCCAGUACACAGAGACAGAGGAGUACAGCAUGGAGGUGCUCCACGUCUGAGCUCCCUGCCCGCCCCCCCCUCUUUCCCACCUCGCACACACGGCAGUAUGGCACAAUGUACAUGUACACAAAACAGUCCGCCGUUGAUGGCGGUGGAUGGAUGAACUCUGCUGCGGUGAACACCGUCCGUCCCCUUGAUGACCAAGGUGAUUUUUUUUGUCUGAAAGUACCCUCCUAAACACCCCUGUCAUGUGACAGGGGGGGGGCGGGUCUGACAAGUACAGGACCAGCACCGACCCCUUACUCGUCUUGAACCGACAUCCGUCCAGUUUCCCGCUUUCGGAGCCCUGUUUCAGGUCUGCUUGCGGGCUCCUCAGUGUUUCCCCAGGAACGAAGUGUCUCCCUCGACAAUCUAAAGAGGCCUGGAUGAUGCCACCCUACCCACUUUCACCAAGACGCACAAAACGUCCAAACACGCGUACACGAACCGUUAGGAAAGACGGACCGAGAACCGCGGCCUCUCGAUUAUCUCUAAAUGUUUCCGUUGCGUGGUUUUGAUUUUACUGCGCCGACGGGUUUGGAUAUUUUAAUUGUUUUACCUGCGGCCAGUGUCAGGCACAACUAACCGUGGAGCCGUGAGUGUCCCAUGACCGGAUGUUUUCCGGAACAUUCCAGGUUUCCCGGGCUACCAUACACACACAGCUGUCGGUUAACCGUAAAAAACACAAACAGAAAUGUCUGGACAAAAGCGGUAGUUCUAUCUGCUUCUCACUUGAUCUGACCCCCAAGCCCUGGUCCAAUCUCCCAUGCAUCAAAGCACUUUCUUUUAAUCGUGGUCCUUGUUGUAGUUGUUGUUUUCGACAGACUCCAGAAACUCUUGGAUAUAUACCCCCGUUGUCCUCUGAAAAGAUUCAAGUCUUGCAUCCAGUGGAGCGAUGUGAGGGAGAAAGAGAGAGAGGAUUUGUCUGUCCCUGAUUUAUAUUUCAUCUUGUUUGUGCCCUUGUUUUAGCACACACACACACACACACACACACACACACACACACACACACACACACACACACACACACACACACACACACACACACACACACUACUAUAUACACUCCUGUGGAUUACGAAAAAAGGAAUAUUAAGAAUUAUAAUGGAAUCCUGCUGAAUCAAUCAUUUCCAGCAUUCGGUCAAAACCACAAAGUCAUCGCCACCACGUGUCCUGUUUCCACCGUCUUUGGUACCACAGGGGGGUUGUAGUUAAACUGAAACACUCAGAUGAUGAAGUUCUCCCCACCCACCACCCCACCCUGCCUCUUCAUCUUAUUUUAACGAAGGCUUCGAGAAUGUAAACUGAAAAAAAACAAAACCAGAAAAUCAUUUUAUUUCAUUCUUUUUUUUUACCGGCCGCAGGAAAUUGCGAGAUAAUCUCCACGUCAUGAAUUCAUGUUUAGACGUUCGGAACACGGAAAAAAACAACGACAAAUAAAAACACACAUCAGCAGCGUAUUUUCUAUCUUGUGAAAUGACACCGUCUUUGACGUCAUGGUACUCCACGUGGCAGUUUUUAAACUAUCUGUUCAUUCGUUGUGCUUAAUCAUAUGGGAUAUGACUUGAGAAAUCCUCUGCUUUCCUAUUUCCUAUGCUGUGCUCUUCUUGACCCUCCCCCUCCCCCCUCCCCCGCCUCCCCCCCCCCCCCCCCCCCCCCCCCCCGCCAGGGCAGUCACAUCUCCCGCUGACAGAAUCUGCUGAUCGCUAUCAUGGAAACACAGGGAGACACGUGUCGCCAUGGUCCCCUCGUGGUUAUGCCAUGCUACCGCGGUCAGCUUCUGGGGUGGAUCAGGAUGUACUGUCACUCUCCGCAAACGGGACACCCCUGCCUGCUUAGCUUUGUUUGACACAAAAGGGUCAUGCAUGAGGCGGACAGCUGAUAUGUUGAGCACACGCCGCGUUGCCCCGCAUGUAUUUUUUAAGAUGAGUUGAGGGAUCCGUUGCACCCUGAACGGGGGGAUCGCGUUUCACCCCAGGGGUCCUGUGACACGUGGAGAAAGUGCACGUUGCUGUUGAACCAGAGACCACAAGGUGAUGUGUGUUGUCCCUCUCCCCGGGUUAAGCCUUUUACUCUACAAGUCUUGCAGAGACUAUUGUGUGUGUGUGUGUAUAUAUAUAUAUAUAUAUAUAUAUAUAUAUAUAUAUAUAUAUAUAUAUAUAUAUAUAUAUAUAUAUAUAUAUAUAUAUAUAUAUAUAUAUAUAUAUAUAUAUAUAUAUAUGAUGGGUAAGCAAGCAUCAUUGAUAGACUGAUAUCACUGUAUUUUUACCAUUUUUAUAAAAUUGUAAUAGCGUUGGAUAACAACGGAGGGUUAAUUUUUACCAAUCAGCGAAUAAUAUUAAAAUCGAAAUAUAUUUUCUUCCUGCAACGCAAUGUGUGAUGGCAGUUGGUAGCCUACCUAUGUUACUGCUAGCCCCCCUAAUGCAGCAGGUGCAGCUGGACAUAAGCUGUCUCUGUCGCCACCUACUGGUCAAGUUAAGUUACAGUUAUAGCAGAGGGGAGCGGUGGAUUUCUCGAGAUGAUGUGUUUUGGGCUUACAGUCUGUCGCAAAGUGCUUUUGUGUAUUUGGGAGCACAGCAAUUCCAGGCUCAUGUUGAGCCUAACAACCAUUCCAGUUAACAUACAUUUUUACAAACAUCUUUGAUACCAGGACACUGUUCAUAAAACUAACAACGGUCCAAGAUAACAAGUAGUCGUAGUUGUACUGCUGAAGGAAAACAACCGGCGCUUUGUUUCUCAGUACUGCAUACUGUAUUUAUGUACAUGCCCCCCUCAAUGACUUGGGAAUCCAGAGUCUUUCAUCGGUGAAGUCGUGAUGAGCCCAGAGAGUUGUGUGUUGUUGAUGACACACACGUUGGAUCAAGAUCCGAGAAGCGGUGAAGAUGCUCCCAGACGUGAACUCCCAUGAGGCUCUGUGCAGUUACACGGACAAAAAAAAAGUGCAAUUACCCUUUUGUUGUGGUUCUAUUCUAUAGUCAUUUACUGGUGUUUUGAAGCUCAGAGACUUAUAUAAUUAUUAUAUAAUAUACAAUUAUAUAAUAGUAAUUAUAUAUUAUAUAUGAUUAUUGCUUAACUGUGUAGUAUUUAUUUUAAAAAGUAAAACAUCCUGUGUAAUCGUAAUUGUAUGCAACUUUCACAUAACCUCUCAGGCAUUAGUCCUCGUUCAUAUUUUCUUUUUCGCUUUAUUUUUUGUUAUGAAGGCAAUAGUGUAUAAUAGAGUAUUAUGUGUCCACCUUUUGGACACUAUUGGUUCAUAAUGUAGCCCUUGAAGCAGAUUGUGUAUUUUUGUCACUGUCUCGUGUUCAAUUAUGUCAGACAUGUAUGAUUUUCUUUACUUUAACUUAAAAAAAUACCUGUCGAUUUAGUUUUUAUUUUAGAUAUGUUUUUUGUGAUUAUAGGAGCUGGCUCCUUUACAUUUUUUCUUUUAUGAACCCAGACAGCCUAAAAUAUGUAUAACAUUAAGCCAUCAGCCACAAAUCUGAUCAUGCUAGUCAACAGCUCUAACCUUCUGUUUAUUUUAUUUUUGCUUUCAGAAGACAAAACGAAUCAGGGCCUAAAUGCACCUUCAGAGGUCAAUUUUAUUUUUUUAUUUUUUUCAACCACGCGUAUAACUUAAUUUCGAUUUUCUUUGUGUCUGGGAGAGUGUGACUUGCAUACAACUAUGGUUUAUUUUUACUACUGACCGAACUGGCGCAUACACGACUGUUCCCCUGUCUUAUAUCAUUCCACACGUUUGUCUGUGAAUUUUUCUUUGGCAUAGUAACUGUAAAAAUUGAAAAAAAGAUUUGGUAAAAGUAAUUUUACGUUUUUUAAAUGAAAUAUUGAUGUGUUUCAAUAUCAUUUCCCAUGUUUGAAAAGAAGUAUGUAGAAUUAAAAAACUAUCUAAUAAAAAUGCAGAAACUCUUAAA